UCCAGUUGUGGCUUGCCCUGCCUCCCGCAGCCGAGGGGCCCUGGGAGGCCUCUGAGCUCCAGCAGGUCCGCGCAGCCUGUCCUGCCUCCUGCAGGGCCUUCCUGCUCCUGUUGUGCUCUGGCCCUGCAGUUGGCUGUCUGGUCGGCAGGAAAGCAGAAAGAUUGCGGGUGUUUUCGAGCCGCCCCCAGUGGGCAUGCCAAGGCGGGGCCUUGGCGUUGGAGCCAGGCCAUCCUGGGGCUGCAGCUCCUGGCAACGUGCUUGGUGACGGUGUCCGCAGGCUCCGCUCGGCUUUGCCACCCCACGUUUACCCACCCCUGCAUGCAGCAGGCGGCAGGAUGGCCUCCCCACAGAGGCUGGGGGCAAGUUCCAGGGCAGACAGUGGGGAGAGGAGCAGUGGCGGCCACUGAGGUCACUGUCUUCAGAGUUGCUUCUGGGUUCCGGCAGUUUCUGCAUGGAGGCUUUGGCUGGCCCUGCCUGGGCUCCCACCCUGAUGCCACCUGAGGGGACAGUGCUGUGAAUGGGCAGACUCCCAGAUCAUGUGAGCUGGGGGACCCCCUGCCCCAGCUGCUGUGCAGAUAGCAGGUCCGGCCUCUUUGGGCUGCCCCCGCUGGCUCCACUCUGCCUGGCUGACAGUGCCCCUGCCCUCAGCUGCCAUGGCCGGGCCCCCGAGGAGAGGGACGGAGAGGUGACGCCGCUGGGCUGGGGCUCCCCACCUCCUCCCUGCAGGGACCAGCCCCCUGAGGACCAGCCCCCCAGGACAUCCGGCCCUGAGCCGCCCCCGCCCCUCGUGCCGCCGCUGCCCGCCGGGAGCCUGCCCCCCUACCCACCCUACUUUGAAGGCGCCCCCUUCCCCCACCCGCUCUGGCUCAGGAACACCUACCAGCAGUGGGUGCCACAGCCUCCGCCCAGGACCAUCAAGCGGACCCGGCGGCGUCUGUCCCGUAACCGCGACCCGGGCCGGCUCAUCCUGAGCACCAUCCGCCUGCGGCCUCGCCAGGUGCUCUGCGAGAAGUGCAAGAGCACCGUGAGUCCCCAGGAGGCCAGCCCUGGACCCCCUGCUGCCCCCAGGGCCCGCCGCAGGCUGGGCAGCGGCCCAGACAGGGAGCACCCCAAGCCCGAGGAGCCGGAGGAUGGCGACCCCGCGGCUGUGGCCACCGCGAGGAGGAGCAAGAGGGAGCGGCGGGAGGAGGAGAGGACGCCAGGGGAGCAGGUCCCACGCAGCCCCGUCAUCAAGAUCUCCUACAGCACCCCGCAGGGCAAGGGCGAGGUGGUCAAGAUCCCCUCCCGCGUGCACGGCUCCCUGGAGCCCUUCUGCCCACCGCAGGCCCCGCAGGACGGCAGCCAGGACCCUGCAGCACCGCGGGACGAGCCCAGGGGCGGCGGGGACCGGCCGCUGGGGGGGCCCUCGGCCGCCAUUCCCAAGCUAAAGCUGACGCGGCCCGUGCCUGCUGGCUUGGACCUGCCACCCCCCAAGAUCCGCCUGAAGCCCCACCGCGCAGGGGACGGCGAGAGUGAGCCCCUGUACAGGGCCGAGCUGGUGGGGGAGCUGAACGGCUGCCAGCCGGGGCCCCGGGCCAGCCCCGCCGCCCUCCCUGCAGACGGCUCUGCCCAGGGGCUGGGGGACUUGUCUUCCGGAAGUUCCGGCGAGGACGACGACUUCAAGAGGGGUCCUCAAGGAAAACAGGGGCGCGCGGGCCUGGCUCUCCUCGUCAGCUGCCCCGAGGGCAGGGCAGACUGCCCCAGCGAGUCUGCGUGCAGCAGUGACAGCCUGGACGAGUCCAAGUCCUCCAGCUCCGAGGCCACGUCUGCGGACACGGGGGACCUCUCGUCCGGGGAUGGAGCGGCUGGGCCUGCCUGCUCCAGGGACGCUCGCCAGACAGUCCCACCCCUCACCGUCAGGCUGCACACCCAGAGCGUCUCCAAGUGCGUCACCGAAGACGGAAGGACAGUGGCCGUGGGGGACGUCGUGUGGGGUAAGGUUCAUGGUUUUCCUUGGUGGCCAGCGCGUGUUCUUGACAUCAGCCUUGGCCAGAAGGAGGACGGAGAGCCCUCUUGGCAAGAAGCGAAAGUCUCAUGGUUUGGGUCUCCGACUACGUCGUUCUUGUCUAUUUCAAAGCUCUCCCCUUUCUCUGAAUUUUUCAAACUGAGAUUUAACCGUAAGAAGAAGGGGAUGUAUCGGAAAGCUAUAACCGAGGCUGCGAAUGCCGCGAGACACGUGGCCCCAGAGAUCAGGGAGCUCUUGACCCAGUUUGAGACGUAACUCUGGCCCCCUGACCAGGUCGGCGACGGUGAGGGCACGGCUGUUAUCCUGGAGCUCCUGACUGCCGUCCGAGGGACCCCAUGUGCCUUCUGGCCGGCUGUGUGUGGAAGCACUCUGGGCACAGUGGUCAGCUGGUGCAAAGCCCCCAGAGCAGCAGGUGUGUCCAGGGAGGGGACAGGCCAAGGGCACAGCGGCUCCUCUCAGCUGAAUGUGUCCAAGCCCAUGGCUCAGGCCACGGCGUUCCCGGCGGGAAGUAACCAGGAACUCAGUGACAUGCUUGCUGCUUUCUGUGUUGGGUGCAGGCAGCCGCCAGGCUCAGGCAUCGCCACACAGGAGCAGGGCCUGCCUCCCUGGCCAGUCCAGCCACUGGCGUGGGCAGCCAUGCCCAGCCACGGAGUGCCCUCCAGGCAUGUCUGUCCUGGCUGCUCAGCUUGGGCUGCCCCGAAGGCUGGAGGAAAACCAAACUGCACGUGUGGGUGUCCUUCCCCAGCCCUUGGGUGCAGAAUUGUAGGGCACCCGAGAGCCGGGGACCUGCCCAGUCUCCCCCACGUCCUCCCAGAGCAUGGGGCCACCUGCAAGGCCACCCUGUCCUGGAGAUGCUGCUUCCAGCUGCCAGCGCGGUGAGGAGGAGGUGAGGGGCAGGCCUCGCAAAGGCGCUGCCGUUGAGAGGAGAGCAUUCCCUCCCCGUCACUUUAAAGACCAAAAGGAAAAAGAAAGAAAAGGAAAAGAGAAAACCCGUCUUCUGCUCUUUCUUUGUUUAAAUGUAAAAAGAAUAAAGUCUGUGUCGAGGUUCUGCCUGAGCCCGAGGUUGCC